AUGAGCUCGUCCCAAUCUACGGACGGCACGCCAUUCUUUGACGCGGUCAAAACAACGUUGAAUGCGCUCCAUCUCAUCCACGCCGCUCGACUGGGCAUCAUUCCCAGAGUUACGCGGCGGCCCAACAACGAUGAGCGACGUACGAUGAUUGACAGUGGGGCUGGGUUCGUCUUCAGCGUCGAGGAAAGUGGGAUCAAACGAUGGACAGGUGUGUGUCCGACACAUGCAUCCACUGCUGCCUCUGAACUCACCACUGCAGCAGACGGGCUGUCAUUGUCGCCGCCGCGCAUCGUCGGGAAUUUUCUGGUGUAUCGCGAAAUUGACGAACAGAGCAACAGCCGGGGCAUCCACAAAAAGUCUCACCCCAACAACGAGCAGCUUCGUUCUUUGGCUGUCAAUUGCAGCCCGCUGAGCCAUUGCCGCGCACUCCCAUACUUCACCACGCAGUCCAACGGACUAGGGACAUACAAGCACAACAGGCUCAUAAAGAAGGUGCGCGCGCGCAGUGUUCGCUGUCUACCCUGA